AGACACACUCUACCUGAUUCAGAAUGAUCAGCAUACUCUUCUGUCUCCCCUUCCUUAGGGCCACUUUUGCCUUUGGGUCUUUGGAUCACUGGCCUGAGAAUAAUGAGACUGUGAGUCCAAGCCAGCCAUGCACCUGUGAGGCCUUGCUACCUGAUGCCAUAUUCCCCAUGGGAGAGCUAGAGCUUCUGGAGAAGUCCUCAGUGCAGAUCAGUCACAAGUUAGAGCUGGAAAUCAGCAAGAUUGAGAUGUUUGAGAUCAGACUCACGAUUUAUGUGGAGAAGAUUAUGAACCUCACAGUGUUGAUUGGGAUCAUGGAGAAUGACCCUGACUCUUACACCGAGGUCCAGAUACAGGAGGUGAAGAUUCAGAUCAAGCAGAUAGAAGCUCUUAUUGUGGAGCUUCAGGCAUCCAUUGAGAUUUCUUCUACAGUGCUUGUCAGCAUUCGCAAAGAGCUCACUGCCAUGAUUGUUAUACUGACUCACCUGGAGACUACCUAUGACAAGAACCUGGUACUGUUGACACGCAGAGAAUACAUCAAGCUUCAGCAGGAACUGGAAGAAUGCGAAAGUCGCUACAAUGAGAUCUUUAAUCCCAACAUCGGUUCUUGUGACCAUGGUUUCAUAUCAAGACUCAGUAAACCCAUGAUUAGCCACCUGAAUGCACAUCUGAAUGCAGGUCACAGAUAUGGUGGAUGGGGCAAAGAUUCAAACCCAUUGCCUGCCUAUAAAAAUAUGUACUGGUACUCAGGUUCGUCUAGUACUCUGGUUAGCCAAGUUAAUGUUUAUGCAGACUAUUACAGGUUAAUCAUGAGGCAGCCAAUGAAAACCCAUGAGCUUUAUACCAGUCGUGACUGGAGAGGUCUAGGUAAUAACUACAUCGUACGUGGUAACACUGUGUACUAUCAGUUCAGACAACCUUUCAGCAUGGGUAAAUACAACAUGACCAGUCAGACCGCAGAGUAUAGGGUGGUGCCAAAGGCCAGUACUAGAUUCUCCUACUUUUAUUCAUCAAGCCAAAACCUAGACUUUGCAGCUGAUGAGAAUGGAUUGUGGGUGACGUAUGCUACAGAAGAAUCGAAUGGCAAACUGAUGCUGGGUAAGAUAGAUGAGGCAGCAUUUGCUUUAAAGGAAGUUUAUGAGAUGAAUAUCUACAAACCAUCAAUAGGCAACACCUUCAUGGUUUGUGGAGUCCUUUAUGCUACCAGAUCUGUAGAUAUUAAGACAGAGGAGAUCUUUUACACUUAUAACACACACACAAGGCAGGAGAGCUAUCUUAGCAUUCCUUUUGAAAAGUUCCAGGAAAUGUAUGUUUACCUUGAUUAUAACCCCAUCGACCAGAAACUUUACAUGUACAAUGAUGGAUAUUAUGUCAGCUAUCAUGUUUGGUUCAGUCAGAAUAAGAAAAAGGCACAGCUCCUGAUUUGAAAAAUGCUUUGAUUUGUAUACAGCUGAAAAUAUAUUUGCCUUUUUUUUUUUGGCGCAACACUAAAAUGUCCUGCAUUGCAUUUCAGUCUUAUUAAUAAAAUCUUAUGAGCAGUAUUCCUGAAUGAAUGUUGUCAUAAUACUC